UAAUCUGAACGUGUGUGAAAUAAAUACAUCCUAUCGGAUUUCAGAUUCCGUGUUUUUCGCCUUAUUUUCACCAAUCACAACCCUCCAUCCUUCACCCUUUCUUCAAACUUCCAAUCACCAACUUCCUCUCAUAGCUCCUGCCUGCAACCAAACCCCAAUUUAAUUCAGAAGAAAAAGUUAAUAUAUAGAGAGAAAGAAUACCUCAGAAAUAAACAAUAUUUCAUGGAUUUUCCCUCUAAAUUCCUUGCCUUUAUUCCCUUUCUUGUAUUUAUAAUCGCCCCAUUUUCUCAUUCCAUCCCCUUCAUUGUCAUCCAUGGGAUUGGAGAUCAGUGUGCCAAUCGUGGAGUCAAACAGUUCACUGAACUUCUCACGAACUUUUCUGGGUCUAAAGGAUAUUGCUUAGAAAUUGGAGGUGGGACAUGGGAUUCCUGGUUUAUGCCUCUGGAAGAACAGGCAAAUUUCGUUUGUAAGAAGGUUAAGCAAAUGAAAGAACUCAGUAAGGGUUACAACAUAGUUGGUCUCUCCCAGGGUAACUUGAUAGGACGGGCUGUUGUCGAGUUUUGUGAUGGUGCACCUCAGGUGAAGAAUUUCAUCUCUUUAGGAGGGCCUCAUGCUGGUACUGCUUCUGUUCCUCUUUGUGGUUCUGGUUUUCUGUGCCUGAUUGCGGACAAGCUAAUCAAGUCAGAGAUAUACAGCGACUAUAUCCAAGCUCAUCUGGCUCCAAGUGGUUAUCUAAAAUUACCAAAUGAUAUACCUCAUUAUUUGGAAAAAUGUAGAUUUCUUCCGAAGCUUAACAACGAACUACCCCAUGAAAGGAAUUCCACUUAUAAGGAGAGGUUCACUCGCUUGCAAAACUUGGUACUUAUCAUGUUUGAGCAUGACACUGUUUUGAUACCAAAGGAAACCUCUUGGUUUGGAUAUUACCCCAACGGGGCCUUCAAACCCGUCGAUCGGCCUCAAGAGACAAAGCUUUACAGCGAGGAUUGGAUUGGUUUAAAAACCUUAGAUGAUGCUGGAAAGGUACACUACGUUAAUGUGUCAGGAGGUCACCUUGGAAUCUCCAAAGAAGACAUGAAGAAGCAUGUUGUACCUUUCUUGAAGGAUGAAGCACCAAUGGCGGAUAGCAUCGAAACCCAUGGAUCUCAUCGCAAGGUGAAGCUAAACCGCAAGAGAAAUCAAGAACUGCCUUUGUUGCAGGAAAAAGAAUCAUCCCAACUCAUACUUGAUGGAUCAUCAUCCUACCAUUGGCCCCCGUCUGUCCAAAGCUUCUUUAACGAAUUACUUGGACUCGCAGAAGCUUAGCCAUGUCUUUUUAUUUGUUUAUUUACAGUGUAUAUUCGAAUUGAAUUAUAAAUUCAAUGGUGGUCAUUAAAGAUCAUCUACACGUGGGAGUUCAUAUAUCAUUUUGUGGUGGAAAUCUGAACUACGAUAUAUGAAAACUGCAGUUGUAAGCAUAAACCUGAAUUAUUAGCAUCAUUAGAUGAAAAUUGUGUUAUAUAAAA